AGCACCUCGAAAGAGCAACGCACCAUCGGAAUAAUCAAACGAAAGUGAAACACACCUUCAACAGUCGCCAUCAUGAAAGCCGUACUGAUGUUGCUCGUCGUCAUGUUCCUGGCGCUCGCAUCUGCCCAAAAUGGCUGCGUUCGCGAUGAUACCGAUGGACAGCCGCUCUGCAAUGCUGCCGAGACGACACAGCGUCUGUGGCGUAAUAACUGGGACCCGACCGCCUACUGGGAGUGCGAGACGAGUGGCACCCCGGCCGCUUACCGUCGCUGCCCGACCGAGGGUAUGUUCGAUUCCAACACGCGCACCUGCAUCAACUGGUUCGACUGGGAGUGGACCCCGACCUGUAAGCCUCCGAGCCGUCUGUAAGCCUGCCCACGGUUGCUGGAAGCGCCCAAUGAGAAGCCAGACAGCGGAAGCGAUCCUAUGUUGUCACGGAUGAUGCUCACAACCUAGCGAUGGGUCGCGAGCCAAACCGAGUCAGCCUGUACCCG